UCAGAUCAACACCAUUGCACACCGAUUAAUGAUUACAUCAAUCUAUAGAUUACUAAAUCUUGAAUUCGCGGUUAAAUAUUUUGUGGAGUAACUACCGUGUACUGCAUCAAGAGGGCAGACUACGUCCCAGGUCGCUACAGAGCUAAACUUGGGACAUUGGUUUUGCUGAUAUGAUCCUUGUAAAAGAAACUAACGGUUCUGUCACUAAGAAUCGAUGAGAAAGAGAUUCUUGAUCAUCUUUAAGAUUUUUCUUGUAGGUAGAGUCAAAGUUUGUAGUGUAAAAGGUCAACUUCUUUUGUACUUUCUUUGUUCUGUUUUCUUUGCCACGAGAGAAACACUGUUAUUGAUUUAGUUAAGUUGUUAGUUACUCUAAACCACGUAUUAUUCAUAUCAAGCUUUCUAAUAUUUUGAUCAGAAUAUUAAGCACUAAUACAUAAUAACCGUGGAAACAUUAUAAGUACAACGAACGAGGUAAUACUGAUUCAAAGUACGAUGAAUUAAUUAACACAUUAGAAAAGCAAAAAUAAAUAAAUAAAAAAAAAUUUAGGAGUCAUUAUGAAAGAUUCUUGGCUUUACAAUUUAUCAGAGAUUUUUUAAGUCAUAAUCUUAUCUUCUUCUUUGUUUGACUGGGUUAAUUCAUUAUCAUAUAGCCUCCAAAAUAUUAAAAUCUCUUUGUGUUUGGUUCCCAAUACAAACUACAAGUAUAAUCUUCUCUUAUUUUCUUUGACAGAGUUAAUUCAUUAUCAUAUAGCCUUCAGAAUAUUUAAAUAUUGUUUGGUUCCCAGAACAAACUACGUGUAUAAUCUUGACACCCCAUAUGAUUAGCAGUCGUAAUUGCAACCAUGAUCUAAAUAUUUCCGUUUUAAAAAGUAAUGGUAUGCGAAGAAACAAGUUCUUCAACUCUAUUGACAUUGCCAUCCCCACCAAAACUCAGGUUCUAUCUCUUUGAGUCUUUGACUCUCUCUAGUGAGCUUUAUUAAGCUAGUAUAUUAAUAUAUACUAUUGUUUUUCGUGUUAAAGCCGGCAUAUAUUUUGGGUAAUUAAAAUUAAAAAUACCAAAGACAGAUAAGUCAUGCAGUGUUUGUAGUUUUCAUUCAGAUAUUUAUACUAUACCAGAUUAGCUGAAUCGUUUUAAGACAAAAUAAGUCAUGCAGUGUUUGUAGUUUUCAUUCAGAUAUUUAUACUAUACCAGAUUAGCUGAAUCGUUUUCAUUUUUAUUAUACUAAAUGUUGCUAGCAAAAAAGAUAAAAUAUUUUUUUGAAAUCUAAAGAGAAAAAAUUGUUUUGGCAGGACAAAUAAAAAAGGUAAAAUUGUUUUGGCAGGACAAAAAAGGCCAGAUAAAGUAACAUUAAAAACUCAUUAGAAAAAAAACAGAACAGGACAGAAAGAUAACACAACUUGGUAUUUGUAGCAAAAGUAAAAUAAAACAAAAUUUGUUAAAAAAAAAGAAAGAAAAGAAAAAUACUUUUGGAUUCAGUCCCCGACGAAUCGUCGCCUCUUCCUUCCCAAUGCACAGCCAUGUUAUAUAAUAGCUCCUCCACCUGAACGACAGGAGAAGAAUUAAAAGAAAAAACCUUAAACUAUUUUCGAAAGGUUUCAUCUUCUUCGAACAGACUUGCGUAACCGAUCUCGCUAUGUCCGUAGCAGACAUCAAGGAUGGAGAACGAGCCUGAUGACUUAGCUAGCGACAAUGUAGCAGAGAUUGACGUGAGUGAUGAAGAGAUUGAUGCAGAAGACCUUGAGAGACGGAUGUGGAAGGAUCGUGUACGUCUCAAAAGAAUCAAAGAACGAACCAAAAGCAGUUCUCAAGCCAAGGAGACACCAAAAAAGAUCUCGGAUCAAGCGCAGAGGAAGAAAAUGUCUAGAGCACAAGACGGUAUACUCAAGUACAUGCUAAAGCUAAUGGAAGUCUGCAAAGUCCGCGGGUUUGUGUACGGCAUCAUACCCGAAAAGGGGAAGCCGGUGAGCGGCUCCUCCGACAAUAUAAGAGCUUGGUGGAAGGAAAAGGUGAAGUUCGAUAAGAACGGGCCAGCUGCGAUUGCUAAAUACGAAGAGGAGUGUAUAGCGUCUCGGAAGUCAGACCGGAAUAGAAAUUCGCAGUUUGUUCUGCAAGACUUGCAAGAUGCUACUUUAGGGUCUUUGCUGUCUUCUUUGAUGCAGCAUUGUGAUCCUCCUCAGAGGAAGUAUCCGUUGGAGAAAGGGACUCCUCCUCCUUGGUGGCCGACGGGGAAUGAAGAGUGGUGGGUGAAGCUUGGUCUUGGCAACAGCCAGAGUCCUCCUUACAGGAAGCCGCAUGAUCUCAAGAAGAUGUGGAAAGUUGGGGUUUUGACGGCUGUGAUCAACCAUAUGUUGCCUGAUGUUGAGAAGAUUAAGAGGCAUGUUCGUCAGUCUAAGUGUUUGCAGGAUAAGAUGACGGCGAAAGAGAGCGCGAUUUGGUUGGCGGUUUUGAACCAAGAGGAGUCCUUGUUUCAGCAGAAUAGUAGUGAUAAUGGAACAUCUAAUGUAACUGAGAUACGCCGGAGAGGUAAUAAUAACGCUGAGAGGAGGAAAAAUAUGGUCAACAGUGACGGUGAGUAUGAUGUUGAUGGGACAGAGGAGGCUUCAGGUUCAGUAACAGCCACCUCACAGCCAGUAAGAGAGAAACACAGGAGAAGGAAAAGACCUAGAAGCAGAGAAGAAGAAGAACAACCAGAAGCUGAACAGAGAAAUAUUUUACCUGAUAUGAAUCAUGUUGAUGCCCCUAUGCUAGAACAUGACAUCAACGGUGCUCAUCACCAUGAGGAAGGUGUUUUGGAACAAAACAUCGCCUUAGGACCAGAGGAGAACGGUCUGGAAGUGAUGGUUCCCGAGUUUGAUAACAACUAUACUUAUAUUGAGCCUGUCAAUGGACAAGCUAUGAUGCCCGUAGACGAGAGGACAAUGCUUUACGGACCAAACCCUAACCAGGAGUUGCAGUUUGGGUCAGGUUACAACUUUUAUAAUCCUUCUGCAGUGUUUGUGAAUAAUCAGGAAGAAGACCUCAUCCAUAUGCAGAAAGAAAUGAACAUAACUAGCAACAACGGGUUCGAGGAAUCAGUAGGUGUACUUCAACCCCAUGGUUUAGAUGGAAAUGAAGACGGCAUAACAGGAAGAGAUUUGCCUCUUCAGUUUCAGAGUGACAAUAACAUUCUGUCUCCAUUCAUCAAUGACUUGGCGGCGUUUGAUAGUAGCACAUUUUACUCUGGGUUUGAUUCCUAUGGUGCAUUUGAUGAUGACUUCUCAUGGUUUGGAGCUUAGUUUCUUAACAUUUUUGCUGGGAGGUUACAUGGUAAGUAUAUGUCACACACCACACCAUCUUAGUUUAUAAUCUUUUAGUAUUGUCUUAAAUUUUCUUUUGCAAGUUAUGUUGCAGGUUCAAAAGAACAUGGCAAUAGUCUGACUUAGUUUUUUUUACUUUUGAAUAACUUGGACACAGCUUUCCCCAUUGUAAUGUUUGCCAGGGAAAGCAGUGAGUUUAUGUUGUGUAUAUUAACCAUGUGAGUAAUUCGUCAAUUUAUUAUCCCCUUUGAAUGAGCUAACUAUGAGCUUAA